UCACUCAAUCUGGAACGUCAGAUGGUCGCGUUGGCAACGGCGUAACGGCGUUCUGUCCCGGUUACUCUUAAUGCUGCUGCUGUUUGUUUGCCGGACUGUUUGAGUUUUUUUUGGCUGAGUUUUUUUACUCUAAAAUUAAAGCCGCUGAGAGGGACGCUGGGUUCCUAGCGAGGAUGUAAGGCGUCUUUAACACCCUCUUCCAGCUUGAUCGAUAGCGGGCGGGCGGUUGGAUUCAGCUCCAGUCACUCCGCUGCUGCUGCCGCCGCUGCUUCAGCCCUGAAUGUGGGACAUUUAAGGCGUGGAAGUUGGACGGAUCGGCGUGGGGCUUGUUUUUAUGUUUUCUGGGAGGGAUUAAAUGUAUGAAAUUGGCGUUCACAUGGCCGAGAGCCUCUUCUGAGGGAGGAGCAGCGAGCAGCUCUGUCGCCGUAAACAACACUGGCUCGCUUUGUCUCUCUCUCUCUCUCUCUCUCUCUCUCUCUCUCUCUCUCUCUCUCUCUCUCUCUCUCUCUCUCUCUCUCUCUCUGUAGGAGACGGUGUUUGCCGAAGUGCUGCGCUCUCCGCUUGUUUAUUUUUAUUCUGGACAGUAACUUGAUCAGCCUUGUCUUGGUUUAAAUCGUAUUUAUUUUGACUUUCGGUCUCGUUCAGGACAACAAAACGGGGCAUUUCUUGCCCGAGUUCGCUCUUUCCCCUCUAAACCCGCGGACCCCGGACUUUCUCUCUCAGCCGCACCGAGCGCUUUUCCCCCCGCCUGGAUUUCUUGUGUGGAUGCUCGAUAAAAGAAGGAGAUUUUAAAGGCAUGCUGGCUGAAGGAAGACACACGCGACUGCUUUGAGCUCUGCUUACUCUUUGCAUCGGAAGCCCCGCGGUGGUCUGCAGCCACCUGCCCGGAGAUUUUGGGGGCUAUUUGUUUUGGAGUAACCGCGACCCACGUGGAGCCAGGAACCCAGGAGUGGCCGGAUCACCAUGGGCUGUUGCAGUGGCCGAUGCACUCUGGCCUUCAUCUGCGGCAUGCAGUUGAUUAGCAUCUUGGAACGGCAAAUAUUUGAUUUCCUUGGUUACCAAUGGGCACCGAUUCUUACAAACUUCAUCCACAUCAUCACAGUGAUCCUGGGGCUCUUUGGGACGGUGCAGUUCAGGCCACGAUAUGUAACCGGGUACGCGGUCUGGCUGGUGCUCUGGGUCACCUGGAACGUCUUCAUCAUCUGCUUCUACCUGGAAGUGGGUGACCUUUCCAAGGACACGGACUUGAUAAUGACGUUCAACAUCUCCAUGCAUCGCUCCUGGUGGAUGGAGAAUGGCCCAGGCUGCAGGGUGACCCCCGUGACCCCUCCUCCUUCCUGGGCCCCAGAAGACCACCGCUACAUCAGUAUUGCGGGCUGCGUGCUGGAGUACCAGUAUGUGGAGGUGGCCCACAGCUCCCUGCAAAUCAUCCUGGCUCUUGCUGGGUUCAUCUACGCGUGUUAUGUGGUGAAACUAAUUUCAGAAGAGGAAGACAGCUUUGACUUUAUAGGUGGGUUUGACUCUUAUGGUUACCAAGGACCACAGAAGACAUCCCAUUUGCAACUACAACCAAUGUAUAUGUCAAAGUAACAAGGACAACUGCCUUAUGAACCAAUCAAAUAGAAAAAAAAACUGCUGUUUUAUCAUUUUGUCUUUCUACGUAAUUUGUCUUAAUAUGAUAGUGUCUUACGAACUGUCGGAGGAACACGAGACGUGGCACUUUAACCUCAAAAGGCUGGAAAAACCGACACACGCUGGAUUUCCCCACACUGGAGCAUCUUAGGCUGGCACUUCCUGUCUGGAGCCCCUGCCGGCCUGGCUUUGACUUAUCAGCAGGCGCAAGAGAGCCCCCCUGUGGUGAGGACACCUUCUGCAGUUUCCUCCCUGUCUCCACAGAAGAAGCAAAAGAGUCAUAUUGAAGGAGCAGAUUGCAUCGAUCUCUGAGGAUUUCAGCAGGGAGAUAGAAGAGAAAAGCCAGCCAUGCACUGAAUGAACUCACCUAAUGCUGGAGAAUAUCUCUACAUUCUAUAAUACUGAAAUACUCCCCACUUAAAGAAUGUCCAAUACAGUCACCUGAUGUAGUGCUGACACCUGGAGCGAAUUAAGAAGGAGAAUCACAUGUGUGUGUUUACAGCUGGUUAUUCUGGGCCACUGGGAUACCAUGGAACUAAUUCAUCACAGAUCACAGGGGUUAACAUAACUUCUCAAGUUUUAUUAUGUAAUAACUGUAUUCCGAAUUAGUUUUUUGAAUCUAUAUUAUGGAUGUAUUUGUCUUGAAAGUGCCAAGAACACGUUACUUAGAAACUCGAUAUCAGAAGCUGCCCAGAGAUUCGUAUUUUACAACAGCAGUCAAAAAUAUCUAUCACUUCAUCCGUUUAAAAGUCGUCUUCGGAUCGACCGUAUUUGUUUGCAUGAGGUGUCAUGUUGCAUAUUUAAUCUGUGACAGCAGGAAAUAGGCCCCAGCCGUGGCGGAGCUAGCAGCUGCCCUUUCUACAGCUGUCUCCAGCUUCUAAAGGUUAUGUGAAUAUUGUGCUUUUUUCUGUUCUUUUUCUUUUUCUUUUUCUAAAACAAGUGUUCGGUCUCGUUAAGAAGAAAAACGAAGAGAAAAACAAACGUAACCCUCUUUCUAUCUGAAGCUUUUUUUAACACAUGUGCCAGUGUUCACUCUUUUUCUAGUAGACUAAUAAUUUAUGUUGUGAAGGUGGGCCGUUCUUUAUAAAUGUACAUAUACACGAGGGAAACCUUGGGGGGGUGGGGGGUGGGGGACAUAAAGCUGCGCUGUUUUGAUAGUGUGCCGUGGGAGGAGUUGUGAGUGAAUGUGCGUGUGCUGUAGAGUUUGUGCUGUGGCUGAAAUGUUCUUCGUGUAAUGGCCAUUCGCAAGAACCCAUGAGCAACCGUAAAGCCUCCAUGCUUUCUCUCCAGGACCAUAGGCCUAGAACCGCAAAUAGAACAGCGCUCGUUUGUCCAUUAGAUAAAUUGUUUACAAAGUAGAGCUAUUCAAUUCCUUUAAUACCACUAACAGAAGAUGUGCUGUAUGGGCUUUUUGUAACCAGUCGGUCUUAGGCUACUUUCAGUCGUCCUUCUAAAUGAAUACAAAGAAAUGAGUUUCCUUUUUUAGCUGCACUUUCAAUUACCCAUAAUAUCUCAAGAUCUUUCAUCUUAUAUUAAGCCCUUUGAUGAUACAUGAAAGUGUGAAACAUCUUCAUUUGGGUCAGGCUGUUACACCCAAAUGGAAGGAGGAAAACACAAAAAUCGACACCCUACAAUACUCAUUUUAACAUGCCCUCAUUAUGCUGAGAAAUCAUUGCGAUCUGUCACAAUUCCCAUUUGAAUCCCCCACAAACCAGUGCAGGCUGUUUGACAAGCAAUUGCAUUCAAAUUCUUUUCAUUUUCAUCAUUUUUAACCCAUAACAUUUGAUUUGCUAUGUUCAGGCUUGGUUAUAGGUGGCAAACCAAUCCCUCUGUUAUACAUGACUGCUCAUUAUUAAAUUCUGCUAGGUUGCUAGUUAGAAAGCUAAAGGCAGUGCAGCAAACAACAACAAAACAAAAGGCAAAACACCACAAUUAUGAAACAAAGCUACAGACAGCUGAAGCAACUGAUCACAAAAUAUAUGUAUGUUAUGCUUAAACUUCUCAAGAGAAAACAUUUUGCUUCACAAAGUUUGUUAGCUAAUUAGCUGAGUGUUGCCAACCUAGCUGAGGGCAAGUGAGAAGUUUUUGACCUCGAGAAAGGAAAGAUCUAUUUGAACAUGUAAUUCCCACUCAGAAAUUCGGAGUUUCUUGAGAGCUCCGAGUUCUCUAUGUUUAUACAUGAUGUAAUUUCAACGUGGCAGCACCCAACAAGAACUAACAGCAUGUUUUAAGCUUUAGGAGUGGUUUUAAAAGCUUUUAUUCACAUACAGCAGCCAAAACAAGCACUAGCUUACCGUGACCCUCCAUUUUCCCACCUCUAAGAGCUUAGGUUGCACAAACACUUUAAAGUUGGAUAAUUCCAAACUCCCAGUUAUUAAGAACGCGGCAUAAUUUGCAUCACGCUGCCCUUGUGCUGUGAGUGACCACUGUUGUCACAUACAGUCAUGUACAAAACAUUGAACCCCCCCUAAACAGGUUAUGAUGUUGAAUAAACAACGUUGUUUUGAUUUUCUAAGUGAAAAUAAAUUGACACAACUUCAAGGAACGAACGGGAAUAUGGCAUUUUUCCGCCAAUGUUAGUGCCCAGGAGUUCAUCACUGGGGGGAAAAAAAACAAAAUGUGCCAUAAUUUUUGGAGCAGGCUACAUUUUAGUUUUAUUUUUUAUUAUACAUACAUACAAUCAGGAAAUAAACAGUAAUUGUGUAUUAAAAUGUGCAUAAGUGGGUUUACUGUAGAGGAUGUGUUCACUUAUUUUCUCAAAGUCAUCGACACACAUCGUUUGACCAGGGGAACACACUUUUCCAUACAACUGAAUGUUGACUUGAAGCUGGCAUGGGCAUGUUAAAAAGUAUUGGGACGGGGCCCCAGUGCCCACAUCUUUUUUGAAAACAGAUACCAAAAUAUGUAACUCUACUGUGUAUUUGCCUUCCUUUUCAUAAACAAGACUUUAAUCAGCGUCCAUGUAACUGUUUGGGUGCAGAUAAAUGUGUGGCCGGAAAAAAACUUCUGUAUGGGUGUAAGGUCUAUAGGGAAAGUGCCUGAGACAACAUCCUUUUAACAUUCCAAUAAAUAAUAACCUGCCCUCCUCCACAGACUUUGCCAGUUAGUAAAUAGGGCCACAUGGGCAUAUUUCAUCACACCCCUCAUGAAUUGCACUGGCAAAGCUAUGCAGCUUUGAUGAUUAAUAAAGAUAUUGUAGCAGCACCACUUUUCAGGCCUUAUUGGCUAAUAAUUCCCCACAGUCAUCCUUCACGGCUGCGCAGCUUUCCCCUGGUGCUCCGGACUGAAUAUGAAUAUGCUAGCUGCUAGGUUGACUUAGCGUCUUUAAAAGAGAUCAGAGUGCGUAUUGUUCUGUGUUCUGUCUUUGAAAUGAAAUGUCAGAGCGACAGAGGCUCAGCAUUGUUUUAGAAAGCUGAAUUCACGGUGUUCACUUCAUUAUCAGGCCCAUAAACGCUCACAUCAGCCUGACCGCCGCGCUGGUCAGAUUGCAUUUCUUCUCAAAGACUUCUGUAAAUACAUCACUGUUUCAAACAUGGUGCUUGAUUAGUCUUAACAUGUUGAUGCUGUGGCGGGAUGGCGUGGAGGCUGAGAACCUGCCAAUCAUCACUCUGCUGGCUGAACCCAGUCAUGCCCUCAAUCAGUAUGUGUUUAAAAAACAUAGAUCGGUAAUCACGUGAGUUCAAAUCCAGUUCAGCUCCUUUAGAUGAUCUUGCAUGAUGCUUCUCUCCGGUUUAUACGGACGCCGCCCUGGCAAGCUGAUGUUUACCAUCCCGGGUUGUAAAUAAAUGUUUUUUUUAAAAACCCGCUGAAAUUUCUUUGUGAGAUAUACGGAACGUCCUGUGCUUAAACUAGUCGAAAUUUUAACAAACGCCUUCGUAAUAGUAUAUGAGAAGAUCUAAUUCUGUUUUCAGUGGUCACAUUCAGGUGUGUGGUAUUCUAUUAACAGCUAAUACACACUCUAGAGCUAUUAUCAUAGUAUUCUUAGGCCAUAGAUCUCCAAUUCAGAGCUCUAGAACCUUUAGGCAGUCCACAUUUUUGUUCAUUUCCUACCGUCUGGGCAGGUAAUCAGCACUGUACAGCUCCUUAGUGUCCAGCUCCGGUGUGUGAGACCAGUGUAAGAACGUAGGUGGACUGGCUGAAGGUUCCUGAAAGCUGGAUUUGGAUUCUGUACCAGGACACCGUUCAGGCUGUAAUGACUGGGUUCAGUGCUGACUUCAACUUUUAAAUAGACUUUAGCUUUUUUCUAUUUCUUUUACUUUACAGAAAUGACUGUAAAUAUAAUAAGAAUAAAAACACAGUGGAGAAAA